CCAGAAACACAUAAUUAUAUAUUAAUGAAGUAAAAAUUUUAAUUUAUAUAAUUGAAAAUAAAAUAUUGAGUGAUUUCUAAGAUUUAUUUUUAAUAAUAAUUAUAGUGUACGAAAAAACUUUCAAAAUAUUUAUAGUAUGUAGAAAUUUUGAAAUGAAAACAUAAACAAUAAGUUAUCAUUAGAGUCUUUUAAUUAGUAACAUGUAUAUUAAUAAGUAAUUAUAAAAUGACAAAACACCUAGUUUUAAAAUAAAUAAUAAUUGGUUAAAUGGAAGUGAUUGUAAUGAUAAUAAUACUGAGUUAAGUUCAAACAAAAUUGCUCAAGUCGGUUAUAUUCGUUGGAAGUUCAGUACCGUCUCUUCUUGGCGCCUGUUUUUACUUACCAUUUUACCCCUCGCGUUUUGUGGAUGUAACUACGUGGUUCGACGCCGUUUUAGACUGCCACUAUAAAAACGCCGCUGUUUUCAGCAAGAUAAUUUGUAUCCCGCCUCUUCUCUUGGUGACGAAGACGACGACGAACGAUGGCUGAUCCGUUGAAACUAAUCUGCGACGAACUAGGAGUCUGCAAAGAAGAAGCGCUAUUCUACCUUGAAGGAUUCCGGUGGGAUCUGAACGCAGCGAUGGAGGCUUGCCGCACCAAAACCUUGCCGUCGCCGGCUCAACCUCCGUCUGAGAACCAGAGAACCGCGGCGGAGGAACAAAGGAGAAACGAGAAGAUCGCGAGAUUCAUAGAACUUUCUCAUGGAUCGUCGUCUGUGGCGGACGCAACAAAGUACCUCAGCGACAACAAUUGGAGCCUAGAGCACGCCGCCCGCGCUUUCUGUGAACACCGCUUUGAUAAACCUGAGAAGAAGUCACAGCCGGUGCCGUUAUCUCACGACGGUGAUACUGAGCCGUGGUAUCUGCACGGGUUCUCAGGGAAUGAAGGAUCGGCCGAUACGAUGGAUGACGUCUGGAGUAAAGUGCCGCCGUUUCGUCAUACCUCGACGAAUGUCAGAAUCGGGAGCCCUCCUCCUUCUGCUAGUACGCCGCCGCUUGAACUGAAACCGGAAAGUAUAAAACAAUUCCGAGAUCUUCUUCCUGAAGCUCCUUCACAAGCCGUAAUCGAUUGUCUCAACCACUGCAAGGGGAAUGUAAAAAACGCCAUCAGCUAUUUCAAUGAUGGUUACAGCAAAUCUCGUUCCGGAAUUGCGACGGCUCAAGUGGUUGUAUGUAACCUUCUCUUUCUCUCCACUAGUACUUGCUUGCUUUUGUCUUUUGAUAGUGUUUUGUUCUGUCUUUUAUAUGAUCAGAAAAAAUUUAGUGGUAUGGCUGUUGACCAAGAUUCAAGCCCAGAGUCACCUCUAGUGGAGGAAAGUUCAAGUCCGACACAAACUAGGGAGCUGCUGAAUUCGCUGAAGCAAGAUGAACUCAUUGAUAUAUUCGUCGAUGCGGCUGAUGGAGUAGUUACUCGAGACAUUGCAACCAUUUACCUUAAAGCCAGCAAUUGGAAUAUAGAACAAGCCUUCUCCUGUCUCGUGGAAGAGGAUAAAACAACGCCGGUUCAGGAGGAUUCACAAGAAGUUGAAACCGGGAGCUCUUCUAGAGAUCUGCCUCUUCCAUCGAUGGGAUCAUUACCUUCACAGUCACAGUUUGAGUCUUCAUAUGUUUCAAGUGGCCCCACGGAGACACAAAAGUCACUUGAAGAAGCUGGUGAAGGAGACGUCACAGUGGCUGUACCUGGCAUGGCGUCAUCUCAAGUGAAUGAUAAGGCUGUAGAGGAAGGUUCAAGCGUGGAGACAGUCCCUGAUCCUUUUGCUAACCGAGACAGGACAACUGUGGAGACUCAAGCUGCGCCAAGUACUAUUAUGAUAACUAUCAGAUUGGCAGAUGGGAUUGGGACAACGCUGGAGCUUCCUUUUAGAUCAAACCAAACCAUAAGUGACAUCCGCAAUGCUAUUGACCAGCGAUAUCCAGAUAACGACAGGGGCUACAAUUUGCAAUCGAUGGAUGGAGUAGACUACAUGGAUUGGAAUGUAACUGUAUACAGAGUUACUAGGCAUGAUUCUAGAACUCUCAUGCAGAUCUACCCCUAGCCUUUGUUUUGGUAACAGUUUUGAGAGAGAGUGAGAUAGAAAGAGGAUUCAUAUAGACGUUGAAAAGGAUUCUCGCUUUGUAUAGGAAAAAAAUAUAUAACAGAGAAGCUUCAUACUUGUUUUGAGAUGGGAACUGAUAAGAGGAGAGUUCUUAUUAUAGUUUUGAUUCUGUAUAGUUUGAAACAAAAUGAAAACAUAGCAGCUUCUUACUUUUGCUUUUCCUCAUUCUUGUUUGCAACACGUGAAUAUUCGUUAUCCUGCUGGAAAUUACAACCUUUAAACUAAAACCAUAAACAAGAUUUUUUUUUUUUGUCAUUGAAAUAACUUCCAAAAGUUUGAUCUCCAAAGCUCAAUGCUCAGAGGAAAACAAAGAGAAGACAAGCAAAGAUAAAAGACAUACAUCACCAAUAGGUGCUUAAAUGAAGAAAACCCUACAAAGGGGAAAGAGUUUUUAAAGAUAUAAAUGGCUUCAUAUUCCAUUAGGUGAAGCCAUUGCAGGCUCAUCUCGAGUAUGUAGAUGCAGAGGAGACAGCAUCAGCACAAAUGAUAUCAGUAAGCCGAACUUAGACCUCCACGAGCUACAUAGGAUUGAACCGGUUCAUCGUUAGUGAUACUAACAGCGAUCUCAGUAGCUACUCUAGUUGCAACCACGUACACUCAAUAGUAUUGGACAGCCCCAAAAACCAAUGCGGAUUGUUCAGGACAUCCCACAUAACCAUUUACCAUGAAGGUAUAGACGGACGCAAUAGAUUAGAAACUAAACAGGUCCACGCACAUCAUUAAGGGCUAUGGUAAAGAUAAAUUUUCAAAGAAAAUAACCACACAGCUGCAGAACAUAUCUUGAAAUUGAAAGGAACACCAAAUAGAUAAAUGCAUUGUUGUGUCUCUAGUGAAAAGAAAACACCGUGAUCUUCGGCUCCGGCAUAAGUCCAACCAAGAACCUGACCGUUGAACUUCCAAUCCAUAAUACAACCAGAUCCCGUUACAAUACACAUACACCAAAAAGAAUCAUUGAAAAGGAGGUUGAGUUCACACCAACCACAACUAAUACCACUGAACUCCUCAAACUGCUAUCACCACCACCACUGCUUCUUUAUAUGAAGUGAAACUCCAAUACAGAAAAUACAAGUUGGAAGUGAAGAAGGGCCAUCAUAACCUUUAAAAGACCGCUUCAGGAAACACACUAUAGAACAACCUGGCAUAACUGAUGAUGAGAUAUGAAAAAAAAAAAACAGAAAACUAACCAACAAAAAAAGAGAAAACCAUAAA